AUGACAAUCUUCCGCGGCCAGGUACCCAACCCCGCAGGAGUGUACCCGCUCAACGGCGAGGACGCCAGCGGCACCAAGGAGCCCGUCUUCCCCGACUUCAGGAUCUGGAAACACUCCCCCAAGGACGACAUCAUCAUGAAAAACCACCUGCAGAAGGGGUACUACGAAGCCGCCGCCGUGCCGAGCGAAUCGCACUCGGGCCGCCAGAUCUUCACCCAGCUACUCAACCGCACCACGCCCGACGUCUCAGAGCCCGGCUCGCGCUGGAAAAUGGGGCUGUUGAGCGAUGUCAUGGUGCGUGCACUUGCCCGCCGUCGCGAGAUCAACAAGAUCCGCUCCAAGUCCACGUACCGCCCGCCACCGCGCGUAACGCUCACCGACCACAAGCGCGACCUGUGGAUGCGCAACCUCGCGGACGCAUCGAUCCCGUUGCGCCAGCUGGCCCGCGCCAUACCGCACGGCCUGCGCAACCGGUUUUUGCUCGAGCAGUGUCUGGCGCACCGCGUGCCGGUGCUGCGUGCCCUGUGGCUUGUGCGCUGUGUCUCGGCGAACGAGCAACGCCAGUUGAAACGCAAGCUGCCCAACCCGGCCGCGCUAGGCAAGUGGAUGGUCGAGUGGACCGAGCAGGUGGUGCAAUUUCUCGAGCAGGUGGUUGCCGCCUCGUUCGCGCCCGCAUCCCGCGAUGCGUGGCGGUUCCGGCUCAGCUACAUCCUGGAUCUCAGCAGCAACCUGUAUCUGGAGGACCUGCUCAGCAGAGAGACGUUUCUGGCGUGGAUUGUGAACUAUCUGGACCGGCUGCUGAGAUCAGACCAGCACAAGCUGGUGGCCGUGCAUUUCCAGUUUGUGCGUCUUUUCUGGUCCAAGCUCAUUGCCGUCGACUAUAUCUCCAAAGAGCUGGGCGAGAAGCUGUUGCGCGCGGUGUCGACGGUGCAGCAGCCGCGACUGUUGGCCGAGUUCCGGCUGCUCGUGCAAUAUCUGUUUUACUACAACUCGGACGCAUUUAUCAUUCCCAACUCGUGGAACGCGCUCAAGUCGACGCUGCGUGCGGUGAUCGACCUGUCGUACCCGCCUGUGUGCGAGCAAUACAGACUAAUUGCGUACCGCAACGAGUCGAUGAUGAUUGAUGAGUCUGCCGCGGACGCAUAUACCAAUUUUGGCAGCAAGAAGGCCGUUGCGGUCAUGCAACGGCUCGAGGCGGUGCGCACGCUGUCGCUCAAGAUGCUGUGCCGCGAUACGUUCGAAGACUCGUCCGACGACGACGCUGGCGCCGCAGACGACUGGAAAACCACGCUGAGCCUGCUUCUUCGGUGGAGCAUCACGACGUUGCGCGAACAGGACAGCGGCGCGCGCAUCUGCGCCGUGUGCUCGCUGCUGCGGCUGCAGGUGCAGCAGCUUGGGCAGGUCAAGUCCAAGAAGAACAGACACCUCAAGCUGGAGCUGGAGAUGGCCAUCAUCGACUUCGCGUACCAGAUGGCCGAAACGCUGCGGUUGAAAGAGCCCGAGCACGGUGUGUACAGUCUGUCGCGGUUUCUGCUGCUGGUGACCGAGCUGCACGCGCUGGGGCUGUUUGUGCUGUCGUCGUACCUGCGGCGACUGAUUGCGUCGGGCGUGAUCUAUCUGCAAGACGCCGACUCGUCGUGCUACGUGCACCUGCUGAUUCUGGACGCGUUGCCCGUGGAGGACUCGAACGCGCGCAACAUUUUGCGCCGGCUCGCAGACUCGACGGGCGUGGCGCUGCGCACGGCAGAGGCGCCUUCGUUGCAGGAGCGGCUGGCCACGGCGCUGGACUCACUACCGGCCACUUUUGACCUCGACGCGUUGUGGCCGUGCGACGAAACCGACCCUGAGGCCGAGCCGCUCGAUAUCGGCUCCCGCGCACGGCUGUACCCCUGGUUCAGCGCGCGGCUGCGUCAGGACGCCGUGUGGCUGCAGACGCCCGACGCGCUGCUGUUUGUGUACCGUCUUUGCGACGAGCGGUUCCGACAGACAGCGCCAUUUCUUGCGCUCGCCGUCGAACACGCCGACACACAGCCGACAGUGCCGCGCGCAACACUAUCGCUGCUGCUGCGGCUAGUUGCGCUCCACACAGAGCUGCUGGCGUACUGCCACGACGGCGAGUCGUCGCUGCUGCAGCGGGUGCACGGUUUUCUUGCCGCAUGGGCGCAGAAGGACAAGCACGGCGUGUGCACUUUGCUGCUGGAUGUGCGUUUCGACACGCAAUUGAUGCCGCCGUUGGCGCCGCAGCACACAGAGUUCUUGCUCGACCAGCUGGACACGAGCCUGCUCGGGCUGCUGGGCCUGUCGUCGCCCGAACGGCUGCUCAACGCUGCCGAGUUCUCGCACUCACUUAAUCAGGCCAUCACACAAUACUGGAACGUGGCCAGCAACGUUGCAUAUGCCCCCACGAACAACACACCCGUUGCCCGUCUUUUGAAACAGCUCCAGCUUUGGCGGCGCGCCGACUUCGGAGCUGUGCUGCUCUCGCACCUGCGCAAGUUCGUGCUGCCGACGCUGGCGCUCGACUACGACGCCUCGCUGCGGCUUGUGCUGCGGCUCAUCAUCGACGGUUUCGUCGACAUCCACGCCGUUCUGCAGCUGUUUGCCGGCGCGGCGGGCGACGAUUUCCAUAACAACGGUGGCGAGCGGCUCGCUUGGGACCUGCUGUUCUGCGACGAGUUCGAGCUCACGCCCCACGACGCGCUGCUGCUCGCGUGCGAGCGCAAGACGUACCGUGUGGGCCACACGGCCGCGUUUGCCCGACACCUCGUGCGCGUGCUGUGCAAGGCGGCCAUUGCAGCGCCGCGGCCGGCCUCGGCGCUCACCGAUGUCAAUCUCGUGGCUGCCGGGGUCGGCGUCGGCGUCGACGACCUCAACCCGCUCUCAGAGUUGUCUGUGGUGCCCGUCGAGCAGACGCCGUCCGCGCGGCUGCUGCGCGCGUCGACGAAAAUUCGUCGGCCCAACGCCCUUCUUUCCAACGGUCUGUGGUUCGUUCUGGCUGCAGACAGACAUUUGCUGCUGGACUCGUUGCGCGACGCAGAACAGGCCAAGACCCAGACGCACAACCUGCUGGCGUUGGUGGGCGUGGCGGGCGAGGAGUCCGCGCAAGCUCCACUGGACUCGCUCGUGCGCAAGCUGAACUACUUUUCGCUGCCGCUGGCGCAGCUGCUCUUUGCCCGACUGUUGCCCGAGACUGUGCGCGACGAAGGUCCUGCAGACCUGCUCCUGGGGCUGCUUGCGCAGCUGGACGGCGGCAGCGCCGUGCUGGCGGGCGACCUGUUUGAGCUGCUCGACGACCCCCUUAAAUUGCGCGUGCUACACUGCUGUGAAGAGCUGUACCUGGGCUCUGAGCAGUUCCCUAGGCUGCUUGUGAACGGGCGCAAUUGCACGCGAAUGCUGAUGGACAUCGCGUCAGCGUGCUCGCGGCUGCGCGAGCCCAAGACCAUCGCGCUAAGCGACUCUUUGGUGUUCUCGCUCAACCUGUCGCUCGAAAAGCUCAUGUACUACUGCUCAAAUAUGGACGCGACACGCAGCCUGGACGACCUGGAGCAGGCGGUGAUGUUUGUGUCGCGGAUCGUGCUUAUCCACCGCGGCUUUUUGGUGGAUUUAAUUCUGAAACGGUCGGUCAAUCUACAACGAGACGUGUUUCUGGUGAAUUUGACCAAACUGUUCAGCCACGCGGUGAUGGAGCGCAACUUCCGGUUGAAAAACCUGCUCUACGACACGCUCAUCUCUUUGAAAGUGCAGCUGGCCGAGGCAUUGAACACGCCGAGCCAGCCGGCCACGCAGACUCCGCAGCCACCGUUUAUCACGUCGCUGUCGCUGAGCAAAGGAACACCGACGUCGUCGUCGUUUUUGUCGCCGACAAACUCGCCGCUGCCAACUGCCGGCGCGCAGGAACGCACAGUGCACACGAUGAACAUCACGCCGCCAAGCUACAACAACAAGCUCAAGUUCCUGCUGGCUGACCCACGGUUUGCGCGGUUGCGCGACGACGCCUUGCCCGAAAAUGAGCACAUGUACUACUUGGUGGACACGGCGGGCGAGACGAUGGUGCGGUUCCACGUGCGCGGCGCCGAGCUGAUAGAGGACGCAACGCCUAACACGGGCGUCAACGACGCGUGUGUGAGCCUGCAGUUCUUCAACGCUAGCAUUGAGAAAAAAAACCCGGCAUAG